CAUCUUUGCUUUACACACUGGGUCACCAUGUACAAGACAGCAGCGCUUAGAUCAAUCACAAGCGCCCUGCGCACACCUGGAGUAUUGAAUGUCUCCUCGAGGUCAGCGGUCACAGGCUUGAGGUUCGCAUCGACCCGUCGACCCGUUCCGGGAUCGUCUGGUACCCCAGCUUCAGAGGAUGCAGCCUUUUCCCGACUCCAGCCAGGGGAGGAGAUCGAUCCACAGUUGCAAGGAUAUCCCCAACUCCCCUAUGUUUUCACCCAAGAACGUCCAGCGAAGGGCUGGUGGGACAGGCAGAACCGUAGAAACUUUGGAGAAGUGCUACACGAGGAAAACGACAUGCUCGGUAUCUUCGGACCAGACAAGCCAGCAGUGUCAAGCCUCAGAGCUACUCUUCAGAUCCUCACCGCUACCGCCUGCGUUGCUUUGAUAGGAUACAUUGGAACCAAGAUCAUGCCGGAGCGUUCCGCCGUUCCAAGGCAAUACCCUUACAAUGGCCUCGAGAAGGAAUAUGGCGGAGGAGCAUAUCAUCCGAACCCAGAGACGCAUGAAGACGACGACGAAGAGUGAAUAUUAGGUGAUUGGCAGACUCUAAUAUGCACCAAAGUCAAGGAAGUGGUCCAGUGU